AUGUCAAUGACUAUUGUUUGCUGGUUUAGGAGAUUCGCUCCGCCCCCUGUGUUUGUCGUAAACCUGGCUCCUGGCUCCAAUAAACCCGGGCUAAGAGCGCCCUGGGCUCGCCUCCUUCUCCAAGGCGAUCAAUAGGAUCUCAGGCGCACUACAAGCACUCUCUUACGUAGACAUCCACCAAGGAGAGAGCCGAUACAACAACACGGUUGAUCUGCUCAAACACUAAAAUCUACCUGCUUUCUGAAUCAUGUCGUUGAGCCCAAAGCACACAACGCCUUUUUCAGUGACAGAUAUUUUGAGUCCAAUCGAGGAGACCUACAAGAAGUUUAGUGGCAUGGACGGCGCAGGGAACCUAACCUCUCCACUGGGAGCCUACCGACAACCUCAGGUGUCUCAGACCGGCAUGCAACAACACUCCAUGGGCCACAACGCCACCGUGGCCACCACUUACCACAUGCCGCACACCGUCUCCCAGUUCUCCCACAGCGCUAUGGGGGGAUACUGCAAUGGAAGCAUUGGCAACAUGGGAGACCUCCCGUCGUACCAGGAGAGCAUGCGGAAUAGUGCAGCAGCAACAGGGUGGUACAGCGCCAACCCGGAUCCCAGAUACUCCACAAUUUCUAGAUUCAUGGGACCUUCCACAGGUAUGAACAUGAGCGGCAUGGGCAGUCUCUCUGGGAUGGCAGACGGCACCAAAUCCAUGCCAGUGCUCCACGCUGCGCCCAGGAGGAAGCGGCGCGUCCUGUUCUCGCAGGCUCAAGUGUACGAGCUGGAGAGGAGGUUUAAGCAGCAGAAGUACCUGUCGGCGCCCGAGAGAGAGCACCUGGCCAGCAUGAUCCACCUGACACCGACCCAGGUCAAGAUCUGGUUUCAGAACCACCGGUACAAGAUGAAGCGCCAGGCCAAGGACAAGGCAGCGCAGCAGCUGCAGCAGCAGCAGCAACAGGACGGUAACCUGUGCCAACAGCAGGCGCAGUCUCCGCGGCGCGUAGCCGUGCCAGUUCUGGUGAAGGACGGUAAACCGUGCCAGAACGGCUCCAACACGCCGACGCCGAACCAGCAACAGGUACAACAGCAGCAGCAACAGCAGCAGCAGCAGCAGCAGCAGAACGGAGCCGUGCUCGCAUCCUCGACCGGCAACCUCGGCCAGCAUCAAAGCCAGCAGCAGGUGAACGCUUUGGAGCUGGAGGAGAUGUCGCCCAGCCCCCCCUCACUGCACAGCCAGCUAAACAUGGCCCAGAUAGACACGUCUGCUGUAGAUUACACCAGUAACAUGGUCAGCUCAAACCUCCUCUACGGCAGAACGUGGUAGGACCUAAUAAUACAGUACUGUCACUUUUCUUUAUGUCAACAACCUGCGGAUGAGCCCAUGCAAUAUAUGUAUGUAUAUAUAUACAUAUAUAUAUCUGCAUUUAUAUAUAUAUAUAUAUACAUACAUAUAUAUAUAUAUAGACAAACGGGCCCUUUGGUGUUGGAAGGGACAACAAGGCGCAAGGCGCGCGCACAGAGGCGCACCAGCUGAUCAGGGCACAUUUUCUUGACAUCUUUGAGAGGGGAGUCUAUUUUUGAACAUUACAGAAAUGGCUGCCCUUGAGAGCAAUUAUGUCGCUUUCUGGACCUUUUGUAAUCCAUGUUUUUUUGGGACCUUCCUCAUGAUGUUUUAAACGUAGUCUAAGUUGUUCAAACGAAAAAGGGAAAAUGCUGCUUCACUUGAGUUCGGACUGGUGAGAAGAGGAAUGUAUGUGGGGAUCAGAUUAUGAAGUAUACACUAAAACCACGACUCCUCAUUUUUAUUUUUAUUUUAUUUUAUUUUUUUUGCGGUGAUAUUGAUGACCUGGUAUUUUAUCAUAUUAAUAUUGUAAACUAAUGUAUUCAUUUAGACUUAUUGAAUAAAGUAGGGAGACAUGUAUAUUUGGCUAACACUCAAGAAUGCGUUUAACUGUAUAAUAAUCGUUAUUGCGUCCACUUUCCUGUUUUCUUUUAUUCUUUUGUAAGUUAAAAAAAAGAGGAACAAAUGCGUGAUGGCUGCUGUAUAUGUUUCAAAACCAAGUGAACGUUAACAAUAAAUAACUUGAAGUGUGA